AUGUAUAGAUUUACGAAUUGGCACAAGAAAAAUUGGAACAAUUUAAGGCUAAAUCCAUGCCAAAUUAGUUUCACCAGCUAACUGGGGACUCAAGUCCAUAUCAGUAGAGUGAUAAGCAGAAUGAAAUCUUAAGGAAGCGGAAAGAAUUUUACAUUUUUUGACCUUUCAGAUGCUUAUAACACCAUUGAUAGAGAAGCCCUAUAUAAUAUCCUAACCAUGGAACCUGAAGUGACUGGUUUGGCAAAGGAAAAAUUGACUUCCUCUUUAACAUGUAUGACCAAUUGUAUAUUUAUAAUCCUGUUACUAAAUAAAAGAUUAGAUUGA